GCCGCUCUAGGAGGAGUCAAAAUGUCCUCUUCCCCAGCUGGAGGGGAUUGUAGUGCGUAAACAGGAUUAACUCUCUCCCACCCAGCUGCGCUGAGCAGCCCGCGGCCUGCGGGCCGGAGCGAGCCCCUUGGUGCGCGGAGGGCGAGGCACGGGAAGCGGGGGAUGGUGGAGCUCGGGACCUCGGAGCUGUCCCUGGGGCACGCUUCCUCGCCAAGGGGGGCGGGGGGUCACAGCCUCGGGAGCUGCUCCUCGGAAGCCGGGGCUGACGGCCGCGACGGCUCGGGCUCCUAGCCGCAGCCUCUCUCCACCACCUCCCUCUCCCUCCGCUCGCUUCCUCUCCGCCCACCGCGCUCUAGCCGCCGGGUCGCAGCCAGCGCAGUCCUCCGCCCCCCCUAGCCGCUGCGCCCGCCGUCCCGCGCCCAGCCAUGGGGGACCUGCCGGGCCUUGUGCGCCUCUCCAUCGCGCUGCGCAUCCAGCCUAACGACGGCCCGGUCUUCUACAAGGUGGACGGGCAGCGCUUCGGCCAGAACCGCACCAUCAAACUGCUCACGGGCUCCUCCUACAAGGUGGAGGUGAAGAUUAAGCCCACCACGCUGCAGGUCGAGAACAUUUCCAUUGGUGGUGUGCUUGUCCCGCUGGAACUGAAGUCUAAAGAGCCUGAUGGGGACAGAAUCGUAUAUACAGGAACAUAUGAAACAGAAGGUGUGGCCCCAACCAAGAGUGGAGAACGGCAGCCCAUCCAGAUCACCAUGCCGUUCUGGAGGCUGGAAGUCCAAGAUCAAGGCGCCAGCAGACCUGGUAUCUGUUCACUGACAUUGGGACCUUCGAGACGGUGUGGCAGGUCAAGUUUUACAAUUACCACAAGCGAGAUCACUGCCAGUGGGGAAGCCCCUUCUCCGUCAUUGAGUACGAAUGCAAGCCCAAUGAGACCCGCAGUCUCAUGUGGGUGAACAAGGAGUCCUUCCUCUAAAGAUGGCGCUUUCUGAUGCUGUUGGACAGUCUCUUCAAAGAUCCACUUUUAGAUAACCCAGCACAAGCCUUCACCAAGGCACACCACUCCGUUGCUGUCUCCCAUUGGGUGCCAAUUAUCUACUAGCCCUGAUUAUUCUGAAUGUGUAAUUCCCCUCUGAUGCAAUGUCCCUGACAUAAAAGGUCAUGAUGUACCCUGCCCAAGAGACUCCCUUUCUGUAUUCUGUGUUGGUGUUCCCGCCUCCAGUUGCUCUUGCUCAUGCUGGUGGCCACUUGGAGGAGCUCCGUGGAAUCCGCAGGCUGUGUCCCACACUUAACUUUUCCACUGAAUGACUGUGCUGUUUUGUUUCCAAGUUGAGUGCUUCGCUCUUUUUUGUUAAAUGUUAAAUAAAAAAUAACAGUGUGCUUGGGUUCCAUCCCAAGUGUGCAAGGGUAACAUGUAACUUGGGAUGUUUUUCCAUCUGUGUCAAAGUAGCCUUUGUGAAAAUGUGAUGCAAACAGCAGUCAAUGGGACUCAAGUGUUGUGCUUUCUAUAAACAGCUCAGCUAUUUCAGGGAAGAAUAAUGACGAAAGAAAAGGGCAAAUAUUUAAGAAGUGUUUAUAACGUAUUACAACUCAAAUAAUGUAAGGUAUUGUGCCGUGGCCUAGUGGAAGUGGGAACGAGCCUUGUGUGGACCACUGUUAAACAAGGUGACCAAAGUGACAGGGUUAACUCUUUGGCAAGUGACUGUGGUGUCCAAACAGGCAUGCUGAUGGCCUCCCUACAUUCCCCUCCACUUGAACUUUGUAAAACUGUGUAUGGAACUAUAAUCAACUUUUGAUAUUUCUUAAUAAAGGCAUUGAAAAUCA